CUCCUCCAAACUUUAUCGACAGACGAGAAGCUCAACUAUGCAUUGGGACCUCCAAGUAAGAACUUUCAACAGCUCCUAUGGUUCAUCACUAAGUUCUCCAGCAUCAAAAUAGAGCCAUCAUGGACCCCACCAUCACAGCUGCCCUUGCAGAGUUCAAGGACGAUAUACCCUUCCGUGCCUCGAAGAAUCACACGCAGUCAACAUGGGCGCGGACCUUUCACUCCUCUCCUGAGCUCUAUAUCCAACCACAAUCCAUCGCCGAGGUCGAGAAGCUGGUCAACUUGGCAAGAAGAUGCAGGAGACGGGUCACUACUGUCGGCUGCGGUCAUUCGCCUUCUGACAUGACCUGUACAUCAUCUUGGCUUGUCAACCUUGAUAAGUUCAAUAAGAUCUUGAGCGUGGACAAGGAGAGCUGCGUGGUGGUUAUGCAGAGUGGUAUCCGGUUGUGGCAGAUUGGAGAGGAGUUGGAUAAGCUCGGAUUAGCUAUGCCGAACUUGGGGAGCAUCAACCACCAAAGUAUUGCUGGGGCCAUCUCGACGGGAACACAUGGAAGCACGUUGAGGCAUGGGAUUUUGUCAAGCUCUAUCAAGGAGCUGAAGAUUACGCUUGCGAAUGGGAAAACGGAGACGUGCUCUGCGACACAGAACCCAGAUCUGUUCAGAGCGUCUCUCAUCUCCCUGGGUGCUCUGGGCAUAAUUGUCGAGAUCACAUUUCAGGCGGUGCCAGCAUUCACUCUGGCCUGGAAACAGGUUGUCGACACGGACUUGAAGAUGUUCAACUCUUGGGACAAAGAGCUUUGGACACAAACGGAAUUCGUGCGAGUCUGGUGGUUUCCCUACACCAGAAGAGCUGUGGUAUGGUCAGCAGAAAAGACAGACGCUCCAGCAAGACCACCACCAAAGUCAUAUUAUGAUGCCUGGCUGGGAUACCACGUCUACCACAACCUACUCUAUAUCGCUCAGCAUGCUCCCAGAAUCUUGCCUUGGAUAGAAUGGUUUGUCUUUGGAAUGCAAUACGGCUUUCCGAACGGCUCAACAACCUCCGCCAUCCAACCUAGUAGACAAGCACUCCUGAUGAAUUGUCUUUAUUCGCAAUUCGUCAACGAGUGGGCAAUUCCCUUCCACAAAGGCCCAGAAGCUCUCCGCAGACUCAGCUCAUGGCUCAAUCACCUCAUUCCCGAAGACCCGGAUUAUGUUCCCCACAAUAUCCCUUACUCCGCUGAAGGACUUUACGUUCAUGCUCCGGUCGAAGUUCGAGUCACAGACACUUCCACUGACACAACGCCCCGCCCACAGCUUGAUCCCACAUGCACCGAAGAGGCCACGCUCUAUCUGAACGCCACUCUCUAUAGACCAUAUGACAUGGACCCUCCAUGUCGAUUCCGAUAUUACCAAGGCUUCGAAUGGUUAAUGCGGGAUCUUGGCGGACGUCCACACUGGGCGAAGAACUUCGAGACCACAGGAAAGGACAUUGAGAGCAUGUACGGCGACAGACUUCUGGAAUGGAGAAAGAUCCGAGGCGAUGCUGAUCCGGAUGGAAUGUUUGUUGGAGAGUGGCACAGGAGGUUCAUCAUGGGUGAUGGACCAAAGUUGGCGUUGGAAGAGACGGAGAUCGCAAGGCGGAAAUUGUGGAUUGGUGGGGUGAAAGUUGUUGGUGCUGUGCUGGGUGGGGAUGAGAAGGAGGGGUUGAGUAGGAGUGCGCAUAGCUCUGAGGAUUCUUUUGAUCACUUGAGGGCGAGUGAUGUUACUAUCAAGGGGUAGUUGGAGUUUCAAGACGAAUGAAGGUCGGAUUCUCUGACGAGAUAGAUUCAUGAUAUGCUUAGGCUCUGUAUCUCAACGAUGAGUAUGUCCUUGUUUGUAUUUCAAUCGGUGAAAAGCGCCAUAUCAUAUGGCAUUUCUUUGCAGAGUUUCGUCAUUGCUCUGGUCCCAUUUACUCAAAGUCAUAUCAAAAAUUUGCUUUCCUUAUAGCAAAAUUUUCGAUUUUUCCGAUAUUUCCGCUAUUCGCGCUAUCCGCGCUAUUUGCGCACUAUGCGGUAUUUGCGAUAUCUGCGCAAUUUGCGCUACACGCGCAAUAUGCGGCACAUGGGGGUUGCCCUCACUC